AAGAACAAAGAUUUAAGGAUGCUGAAAUUACCCGGGAGUGUUAUAUGAAAUUAAACAAACCUGUUGAGUCCAAUAAUCCAACUUAUACCUAUCUUAAUUUAAUUAUUGAUCAUGCAACUACAGAAAAAAAUUCCAUUGCAUUUGGAAUGGCUGUUACAUUAAAUUAUCUAGAUCCUUCAAAAGGCAUCAAAUUGAUUCAAUGUCAAAAACAAUCAAUAAUUGUUUUGGAUCUUAAUAAUAAAAUCAUGCAACUACAACAACAAUUAGAAAAUUAUGAACAUGAAAUAUCAGAAUUAAAAAGGGAUUUAAAUACUUCUUAUAAUCACAUAGAUGAAAUUCAGAAUCUAUAUGAAGAACAAUUUAGCAAAAAUAAAUAA